AUGUCCAGUGCUGAUAUUUUUGCGAAAAUUGGUGCUGGAGUGGGUAUUGUUCCUUUGUUAGCCCUCGUAGAGAACAUGGCGAUUGGAAAAGCCUUUGCCCGAGCCAACAACUACAAGAUUGACCCUACUCAGGAACUUCUGGCCAUUGGAAUUGCCAACAUCAUCAGCUCAUUCGUCUCUUCAUAUCCCAUCACUGGAAGCUUCUCCAGAACCGCAGUAAACUCCCAGAGUGGUGUACGUACACCCCUGGGCGGCAUUUGGACAGGUGGUCUGGUCAUCCUUGCCCUUUGUGUACUCACACCCUGGUUCUACUACAUUCCCAAGUCUGCCCUGGCUGCAGUUAUCAUUGCUGCUGUCAUUCAGAUGGUUGAGUACCAUGUUGUCAUCGUUCUCUGGAAAGCAAACAAAUGGGAUCUUUUUACAUUCGUUAUUACAUUCAUCUGUUCUUUGGUUGUUGGAAUUGAGUAUGGAAUUCUCAUUGGUAUUGGACUUUCUUUACUGCUGAUUCUGUAUCCUAUUUCUCGACCAAAAAUCAAGUUCACAGAGAAGUCAGGCCUGUUGAUUGUCACCCCACUGCAAGGUCUCAAUUUUCCAGGCUCUGAAUAUUUAGAAAUGAAAGCUUUGGAUAAAACAAUGUCUAAGAGUAAACAUCUGAACAUUGUCUUAAACAUGGAGCACUUCUCAGACCUGGAUUACACAUCAUUACAGUCUAUUAAAUCUCUGCACGCUGACUGUGUCAAGCAUGGAAUUAAGCUAAUUGUGGCUAAUGGAAUGCCUCGGAUAAUGCGGUUACUUAUGGCUGGAAACAUCAAGGAUUUGACAAUCUGUGACACAUUAAAAGAUGCAGUGAAAGAUUCUAGUUUGCAAGAUGGGAACCCAUCAAUAAUAGCAAAUGAAGAUGAUGAGGAAGAAAAACCUUUUGUCAGCCGACUCUGA